GUGGCAAUCACCCGUUGAUUCUUUUCUACUAAUCACAAAGACAUUGGUACCCUAUAUCUCGUAUUUGGUGCCUGAGCCGGAAUAGUCGGCACUGCACUGAGCCUUCUAAUCCGUGCCGAAUUAAGUCAACCAGGCGCCCUUCUUGGAGAUGACCAAAUUUACAAUGUCAUCGUCACAGCGCAUGCCUUUGUAAUGAUUUUCUUUAUAGUAAUGCCAGUAAUAAUUGGAGGAUUUGGCAACUGACUUGUGCCAUUAAUAAUCGGCGCCCCAGACAUAGCAUUUCCCCGAAUAAAUAAUAUAAGCUUCUGACUUUUACCCCCAUCAUUUCUUCUACUACUAGCCUCCUCUGGAGUAGAGGCCGGAGCUGGUACAGGCUGAACUGUAUAUCCACCCCUGGCUGGAAACUUAGCCCACGCUGGGGCAUCUGUUGACCUGACAAUUUUCUCACUCCACCUUGCAGGUAUUUCAUCAAUUCUAGGGGCCAUUAACUUUAUUACUACAAUUAUUAACAUGAAACCGCCUGCAAUUACACAGUACCAAACUCCCCUGUUUGUAUGAGCUGUAUUAGUAACCGCCGUUUUACUACUCCUCUCCCUGCCAGUCCUAGCCGCAGGCAUUACAAUACUUCUGACUGACCGAAAUCUAAAUACGACCUUCUUUGAUCCUGCAGGGGGUGGAGACCCAAUCCUCUACCAACACUUAUUCUGAUUCUUCGGCCACCCAGAAGUAUACAUUUUAAUCUUACCAGGAUUUGGAAUAAUCUCACAUAUUGUUGCUUAUUAUUCCGGAAAGAAAGAACCAUUUGGCUAUAUAGGAAUAGUCUGAGCAAUGAUGGCCAUCGGACUACUAGGAUUCAUCGUAUGAGCACACCAUAUGUUUACGGUCGGAAUAGACGUAGACACUCGUGCUUACUUCACUUCCGCCACAAUAAUUAUCGCAAUUCCAACUGGGGUAAAAGUAUUCAGCUGACUAGCCACAUUACAUGGAGGCGUUAUCAAAUGAGAAACCCCACUUCUUUGAGCUUUAGGUUUUAUUUUCCUAUUCACAGUUGGAGGCCUAACAGGCAUUGUUCUAGCAAACUCAUCAAUCGACAUUGUAUUACAUGAUACAUACUAUGUAGUAGCCCACUUCCAUUAUGUUCUGUCCAUAGGGGCAGUAUUUGCUAUUAUGGGAGGCUUUGUACACUGAUUCCCCUUAUUUUCAGGCUAUACACUACACGACACAUGAACCAAAGUACACUUUGGGAUUAUGUUCGUAGGGGUAAACCUAACCUUCUUCCCACAACAUUUCCUAGGCUUAGCAGGAAUACCACGGCGUUACUCAGAUUACCCAGAUGCCUAUACCCUAUGAAAUACAAUCUCCUCUAUCGGAUCCCUAAUUUCUCUCACAGCCGUAGUCCUAUUCCUAUUUAUCCUAUGAGAAGCAUUUACUGCUAAACGAGAGGUAAAAUGAGUAGAACUUACAGAAACAAAUGUUGAAUGACUACAUGGAUGUCCUCCACCAUAUCACACAUUCGAAGAACCAGCAUACGUCCGAGUUCAACCCCCAUCAGAUGAUAAAAAAUCAGAAGCCAAAGCCCAUAUUCAAGAAAGG